CCGAGUUCACCAACUACAAUAUAAACAUUGAUUACGUAAUCGCUCCUUUAAAAUUUAACAGUUGGUUAAACAAUACACGUUCUUUUUAUGUUCACCACCCAUUUUUAACAAACGGUUAACCAACCAAACGUUUUUGAAUGAAUGAGUCGUAAAUGAAUGAAUGGUAUAGUAUUACUAUGUAAAGAUGUCAGUGUAUCUCCAUACAUUUGCUUUUUCCCCAGUAACAUUGCGAAAUGGUAGGGUAACAUUAUUGUUUGACGAAAUAUUAUUACCUGUUUCGUCAAUGCCAUGUCCAUAGCGGGAACGCCUUUGUUAUUUAGCAUCCUUUUCAAAUGUCUUGUCAAUGCCAAUGUCACUUUUUCGCUGUUUUUCGUCAAGUGUUGUGGCGGUUUGAAUUGAAUUUUGAAUACAAAAUUACCAUUAUAGUGCUUGAUAAUAGAUAAUGGAAGAUAAACGCAAGCGUACGUUAAAUUUUACAAGUGACGAGAAAUCGUUGUUAACCGAACUCGUUUCAAAAUAUAAAGCUGUAGUAGAAAAUAAAAAAUCAGAUGCGACAACAAACGCCGAUAAAGCAAGGGGUUGGAAGCAUAUAUCCCAAGAAUUUAAUGCUCUUAGCACAUACUGCUCCCGCCCUCCCGAAAGUUUAAAGACUUGCUGGGAGAACAUUAAACGCCAGACAAAAAAACUAUCAGCAAAUCGGAAACGGGAAGUAUUUAAAACUGGUAAGCAGACCUGAUUGUGCAAUUUUCUCUGGUUUAAGAUGUUUUAGAUUGAAAUUCGAAAUAUUUAUAAUAUAUUCUAUUUAGGUGGUGGCAGACCCCCUCCACCAUCUCCUGGUACUGGAGCAGGCCGUAUUGUGGAAGAAAUAUUGGGGCCUGCUUUGGAAGGUAUUGAAAAUCAAUAUGAUAGUGAUGCUUUGCUAUAUGAUGAUUGUAACAAAGAUACGGCAAAAAUGUGCUCUGACGCUGAGGAGAUAGGUACGGAUGAAGUUAUUAAUGCAGUUGUGGAGACCGAGGAUGAACCUUCAUGUUCACUUACUUUUCCCAUCGCUGAGGACAAUAAUCCGAAAUGGGAGGGCUGGACACCAAACUCUUUAAAAAGACCUAUUUCCGAUGUUUUAAAAUCUUCUAAGGACUCCAAAGUCAACAAUAGUUGGUUGAAAAGAAGGAGACCCAACCAGCAAAAUUUAGGUGACCAGCUUGUACAAGAAAAAAUUGAUUUGGUAAAAACAUUAAAAGAAAAUGCAGGGGAGGAGUCCAGAAGAAGAAUUUUAAUUUUAGAUGAACAGCUAAAGCAGGAGAAAAUUAAAACACAAAACAUAUUACAAACAAAUGUAUAA